AUGUUGGAAGGUCUUGUCUCUCCAGAAAACUUGUCCUUAAGCUCCAUGGACAUGAAUGUACUUGAAAGGCUUAAAUGGCUGCAACAGCAACAACAACAAGUUGUGUCUCGGACCAGCGACAAUUCACCUGAACUUCUUCAGAUACUUCAGUUCCAUGGAAGCAACAAUGAUGAGUUGUUGCAGAGUACCUUCAGCCAUUUUCAAAUGCUUGGAUCUGGUUUUGGACCAAACCCUAACAUGGGUUUUGGCCCUUCACAUGAAGCUAUGGAUGGCUGCAUUUCAAGAACAAGUAGCUUCCAGAUGGAUCCAGUGGAUACAAUGGGGGUUAUGUUGAAGAACAGUGAAGAAAACAGAACUAUUUCCUCGAAAAACAAGAGAAAAUCAGAGGUUAAGAGAAGGGAGGAAGAAAGGACAGAGAAGAAGAUCAAAGUAGAGGCUGAGACAGAGUCAAACAUGAAAGGAAAAUCAAGCAUGAGUAACACGGAAGCAUCUUCAGACACUUCAAAAGAGACAUCAAAGGGAGCUUCAGAGAUCCAUAAAUUGGAUUAUAUCCACGUCAGAUCUCGUCGAAGCCAAGCCACAGACAGACACAGUUUAGCUGAACGUGCAAGAAGAGAAAAGAUCAGCAAGAAGAUGAAAUAUCUGCAAGAUAUUGUCCCUGGAUGCAAAAAAGUCACUGGACAAGCUGGUAUGCUUGAUGAGAUCAUCAAUUAUGUUCAAUCUCUCCAGACACAAAUUGAGUUCUUGUCUAUGAAACUCGCUUUCCUAAACCCAGAACUGGAGCUUUCGGUGGAAGAUUUAUAUGUAAAACAGUUGCAGGAUUACUUUACAAAUCUUCCAGUAGUAAUUGCUUCAAAGCCAUCAAUAAUGGUGGAUGUGCCAUUGUUUCCGCUAGAUCAACAAGGAUCUCUAGAUUUAUCGGUGAUAAACCUGAGCCAAACAACAUCUACUGAAGCUCCAUCGGCAAGCUGGGAAACUCAAUCACGGAGUCUCUACAACACAUCUAGCCUCGGAUUUCACUACUAAGAAAAGAUUCACUGAAGCGACAAAGUUGACAUCAUCAGAAUCAGAAUCAUAUUCUAUUAUAUAUGCUGAUCAAAGUGACGAUUCUCCCAGUGCAAAAAAAAAAGGGUGAUAAUUUCGCAAUUUGGUUCAGCUUUUGCAUUAUCAUUUGAUCCUUUUUCUGAUAUAUAAACCUGAAUAACUGGAGAGAGCAAUUUAGUGGUCUUGACUCCAUCAAUCUUUGUAUAAAUUUUGUUAAAUAAAGUAAUAUAUAGAGAGAGAAAGAGAGUAAGUAAAAACUUUGUCUUCCCGAUUGCUGGGUGUUUUUGUUGUGGGGUUCUUCAUUCCCGCAGAGUUUAAGUUAUAUGUUUAAAAGCAUCUCCUUAAAAUAAAGGUGGGAAGGUUCGCCUCCAACAUGUUUCUCUAUAAUAAAGAAAAUUAUAGAA